AUGGACGCUUCUGUUAUAGCAAGCUUGCCAGCCAGGGCAAAGCAUACUCACUCCCAUGAUGACGCUAAGGACAGGCCCAUUUCCUCCGAAACACCGCUUUCGAUAUCAACCAUACCGUCAAAAGAGCUAAGUCCAGACAGAAACAGCGAAACCUCAUGGUCGGAUGCGGCGGUAGAAAUCAACGAAUGGCCAACAUUUCAACCAUCCAUUUCGCUCUCUACUCAUCUCACUGAGCUAUUCGAAGAAAACAUCACAGCCAAGAUUUGCCGCACCGCGACCAAGUCCCUCCAAGAGAAGACAUCAUCAACAUCCAACAAGAUCCGGAAGACUCCGGUCGUCUUCCCAGAGAUCGUACCUCAGGAUGGCCCCAAUGCGGGCCACUACGAGUUCCGAGAUCCAGACUUCUGGACCUGCGGUUUCUUCCCAGGAACGCUGUAUGCCCUAUUGGAGCGAAGCAUCAAGUAUCCGCAGACAAUGCGACUCGCUGGUGCCGGGCCCGGGGUCAAUGUCGCGAGUUUCCGCCAGUAUCUGCGGGGGCUAUGUAAGGUCUGGGCUGAUCCCUUACACGACAUGGCCGGCCGGACGGAUACGCACGACAUCGGCUUCAUCAUUUUGCCAGCUUUGCAGAGAGACUGGGAGCUGAAUGGUAAUGAGAUAAGUCUCGCUUCCAUCGUCAAGGCUGCGUAUUCUCUUGCAACUCGGUAUGUCCCCGCCGCCGGAGCCAUCCGCAGUUGGGACUGCCUGUUGAAGAAGGACAUCACUGUGACGGACAUGACGACGAAUCUUCUCGCGAUCGUCGACAGUCUUUGUAAUCUGGACCUCUUAUUCUACGCCGCAGCACAUACAGGCGAUGGUACACUCGCCGACAUCGCCACCAAGCACGCCCGUACGCUGUUACACACACACCUACGUCCAGAGUCCGUGGGCACACUAGCGAAGAGCGGAUACAAAGGUCAGCUCUAUUCGACGUGUCACGUCGCCAACAUCGAUCCUGCCACCGGUGAUCUCAAAUGGCGCUGGACGGCACAGGGGUAUGCGAAUGAUUCUACCUGGGCCCGCGGCCAGUCGUGGGCGAUCCUGGGGUACGCUCAGACCUACCGAUGGACUCAAGACAGAGCUUUCCUCGAGGCCGCCUUGGGUACUGCGGAAUACUUCCUUUACCACCUCGACACGGCACCGUCGUGCGUGGAUACCCCGGUGGCCGACGAGGACACAACACACUGUUGCUCUCGGGAUGGGCAGCGAAAGAAGACAAAGGGGCGGAGGGUUCCUCUUUGGGACUUUGAUGCCCCGAUACAGGACCCCAUGGAGCCUCUGCGAGACUCGUCGGCCGGGGUGAUUGCUGCCAACGGCAUGUUGGUGCUAUCACAGGCGCUUAAGGGCAUUCAAGAACAUGCUUUGGCGCAGCGGUUCUUCGACGCUGCGGUUGAGAUCGUUAGAGACACCCUUGACUACUCUCUCGCAGGCGACAAGGCUCAGUUCACCAGAGAUAGCAACGAGGCGGGGUGGGAAGUCAAAGACUCCAUCUCAGGCAGAUGUUUCGAGGGCAUCAUCAAGCACGGAACGGCCAAUAACAAUGAGAAUGCUAGACGAAGGUACUGGAAUCAUGGUCUCGUUUAUGGAGAUUACUAUCUUGUCGAAUUUGGAAACAGGCUUUUGAACAUGGGCUUGGCGUAG